GUAACUGACAUCACUACUAGAACAAGUGGAUGGUUGGCUAUUAAAAAACCUAAUUAGAAACUAAGAAAAUCUCUAAAUGUGAUACACCAGUUUUUACUUUGUAUAGCCAAGACGUAUAAGGGUUAAUAAUUAUUGUGUCAUUUUGACUUAUUCACACUGUUCAUAAGUAGCUAUGUUCAUUUUUAAAAUUUCGCGCUGUACUUACCGCCAGACGAUAGGUUUAGCAAGCUGGCUAGUUAAAGUUUGCUAGCUAACGAGCUAGCUCUACACUAACAAAUGUUCAGUCAGACUGCAACGUAGCAGUUUACCCUCCAAGAAGUUUACUCCUCAAAUAAAAUGCAGGUGACAGAUAUAGGAACCAAAGAGGAGGGGAAAGUGUGGCAUCGUAAACCAACACCAACUAGCAAUGGGGUUAUUGUUACAGUGAUUCGCAGUGCAUCUGCUUAUCAAUCAAAAACUGUGCGCUUUCUACAUGUCGCCUUUGACACGACAGGGGAGUCAUUUCUGGCUGGAGACCACCAUGGGAACAUAUAUGUGUUUGAUAUCACCAGAAACAGGUUUAGACUUGUUCAGAGAACUGGGCAAGCAUGCACAGCAUUGGCCUUCAACCUGCGCAGGACAACAGAAUACUUGGUUGCUCUUGCAGAUUACUCCAUCAAGUGCUUUGACAAAGACACCAUGCAGCUAGUGAGCUGGAUGCGAGGCCACGAGGGGGCGGUGUCCCACCUGUCUGUCCACGGGUCUGGCCGCUACGCCAUCACCACGUCGGCCGACGCUGCUCAACUCUGGGACCUAGACACCUUCCAGAGGAAGAGAAAGCUCAACGUCCGCCAGUCUGUGGCCAUGCAGAGGGUGUUUUUCCUUCCUCUGAGUAACACCAUUUUGAGCUGCUUCAGUGAUGACUCCAUCUUUGCCUGGGAGAGCGACACGCUGUCCUGUAAAUACCAGCUGCCUGUCCCAGACCAGGGGCCCAGGCUCCACUACAAGGCCUUCUCUGUCACAAGUGACGGUAAGACUCUGGCUGCAGGGGGGCGGUCCAACCUCCUGCACCUGUGGUGUCUGGAGAGCAGGCAGCUCCUCAGGGUUGUCCAGAUGCCCCCCAAGGUCCGCACCGUGAGACAGCUGGAGUUCCUCCAUGACAGUUUGGAUGGCGGCACCAGCCAGACCCUGGGUGUGUUGAGCCAGGACGGCAUCAUGCGCUUCAUCAACACUCAGACAUGCAAGCUCCUGUUUGACAUCGGCUCCCACGAGAACGCCAUCACCUCGGUGGCGCUCAGCCCCAGCGGGCGUAACGUGGUCGCUGUCAUGGACGACGGCAGCCUGAACAUCUACAGCGUUCAGGGCCUCACCCAGGACCUCAACAAGCCACCCCCACCCCUGGUGAAGGCUGUGAUUGGAGGGGACAGUGAGGAACAGUCGGCUCUGUGGGUUAAGGUGAAGUCUGAGAAGGUCCAGAGACCAGCAAAGACAUCGGGACGGAGGGUGCAGACCAGAGGGCUCAGACCUCCAGCUGUCUCCAUGGCAGAAGACAAAGAGAACGACCUGCCCGACGGUUUGAACAAGAAAAGGCUGGUAGCUCUACUGAAGGCCUUUGGAGAGUAUCCUGCCAAAUACCGCAUGUUUGUGUGGCGCUCUUUGCUGCGUCUGCCGGAGAACCACGCGGCCUUCAGCAGCCUGACGGACAAGGGCCUCCACCCAGCCUACGCCAGCCUGCAGGAGCGCUACCCCAUCAAGAGCCACAAGCUGCAGCGAGGACUCCAGAGGGUCCUCUCUGCCCUGGCUCACUGGUCGGCCAUCUUUGGUGAGACAGACUACCUUCCUCUGGUGGCCUUCCCCUUCGUCAAGCUCUUCCAGAAUAAUCCACUGGUUUGCUUCGAGGUGGUCGCCACCGUUAUAGUGAACUGGUGCCAACAUUGGUUUGAGUACUUCCCAAACCCGCCCUUAAACGUGCUGAGCAUGGCCGAAAACGUCCUGGCACACCACGACAAGGAGCUCCUGCAGCACUUCAUAGACUGUGGGGUGACCUCACAGCUGUACAUAUGGCCCCUGCUGGAGACCCUGUUCUCCGAGGUGCUCACACGAGACGAGUGGCUGCGCCUGUUUGACAACAUGUUCUCCAACCACCCCUCUUUCCUGCUCAUGGCCGCAGUGGCCUACGUCACCAGCUGCAGGGCACCCCUCCUCCUCUGCUCCCGCAAGGAGGACUUUGAGUAUUUCUUCCACCACCGUAACAACCUGGACCUGGUCUCCAUGGUGAAGGAGGCGUACCGGCUAAUGGACAGCACCCCGGCGGAGCUCCACCCCAGGGGCCUGCUGGCCGACGCAGAGCCCUUGACCCGGGGCCAGUACCCCGUUUUCAACAAGUACCCCUCCUGCGUGGUGGAGUACCAAUCCCAGGAACGCCAGAGGAUUCGGGAGCAGGAGCUGGACUACCUCAGGGAGAGGCAGGCGCUGCAGCAGCUGCGGGUGGAGACGGUGCGUCGGCGGGCGGAGGAGGAGGCGUGGUACAGCCAGCAGGAGCUGCUGCAGCAGGCUGAGGAGCAGCGCAGGAGGAUCCUGGAGGAGGAGGAGGCCAGGCUCACCCUGCAGAGGACCAAGGUAGCAGCUAUGAAGAGAGAGCUGAAGGUGAAAGAGCUGCAGCUGUUGGAUGCUGCCAGGACGCGCUUCCUGAAACACACACAGGACCAGAGAACCAGCCAGCUGCACAGACUGGACCACGACAUCCAGAGAAAGAUGGACCUGCGGGACCAGGAGACUGCGGCGGCCGUGCAGGAUCUGGAAGUGAGGCAGAUGGAGCUGGAGGCUCAGAGGAAGCUGCUGGAACAGCGCCUGGCCAGGGAGCAGGAGCGUGUGAGCGAGGAGGUCAGGGUGGAGGUGGACACUAGGACCAGGAGGGCUGAGCUGGAGGCGGCUGCCCAGCAGCGGCUCCUGAGCCUAGACGAUGACACAGAGCUGGGCCCGGCCACGAGAAGAGUGCUGGAGGAGUCCCUGGCCGAGGCGGGCCAGCUGGGGGUGGACUCUGCCUGGCAGGGCCAGGUGGCGCAGCGCCUGGGGUGGGCAGAGGAGGAGCAGGGGAGGAGGUACGAGCGGUUGGCUAGGCUGCACAGGGAGGCCCGCGUCCGGGAGGAACAGCUCCUCCACACCCUGAGGGACACGGAGGGCAGGAAGUGGGAGGAGGUGGUGUGUUUGCAGGGCCAGCUGCAGCAGGACAGACAAGCGGGCUGCGUAGCCGAGGCUCAGAGGACACAGCAGCUCAGCCAGGACAGACUGGAGACACAGCAGCACCUGAACAACCUCCGGAGCAGCCAGCAACACACACUAGACGGACAGAGGGAGAAGAGAGCGACGUCGCCCUGCUCCACCAGAGGGCUGCCUCCCAGACCAGAGAUAGCUGCUGCAGCCUUCACCUCCGCCCUGGCCCCCGCCCAGAUAGACGGCUCCCCCGUGUGUCUCAACAACCAGUCCGCCUCCGACGACUCCACCAGCUUUUCUCUGGACCGAGGCAGAGAACAGCUGGACACCAGGGAGAGGGAGAUGAUGCAGGACAUCCUGGACCUGCGCCUCAAGCUGGCAGCCCGUGCCAAGAGGACGCUCUCGUCCGCCUCUCUGUCCCCCAUCUCCUAAUGACCACACACCCUCUGCACCACCCUCCCCCCUCCCCUGGCCGGAGCUGGGGACAUUUCUAUAGCUAGACUUGAAAGAGAGACUGUAUGUUUUUGUGUUUUUUAAAGGAGACAUGACUGGGAAUGCAUAGUCUCACUUUCAGCGUGGAGACCAACUCCCUCACAGCCCAGGUGUUCACUGUGGUGAAGCGAGAGGGGAAACCACAAAUCAAAAUUUCCAACCAGCUGUACUAACACCCAGAUCCCACAAAAUGGCAGUGCAUUUGUUGAAUCUCUCCUGUGUGCUUUUAUUAUGUAUUCGUUUUUUUAAAUAUUGGAUAAAAAUGAAUCAAUAACAUUGAGUCAUGGAUGAU